AUGGAGUCAUCAUCGGGAAAUUUGCAGGUUCUUCAUGCCCUCGACGGAGCUAAAACUCAAUGGUAUCAUUUCACGGCCAUCGUCAUCGCCGGAAUGGGGUUCUUCACCGACGCCUAUGAUCUCUUUUGCAUCUCUCUCGUCACCAAAUUGCUCGGCCGGAUUUACUAUCAUAAAGAAGGUUCUUUAAAGCCGGGAAGUUUACCGCCGCAAGUCUCCGCGGCCGUUAAUGGUGUGGCACUCGUCGGAACCCUCGCCGGACAACUCUUUUUCGGGUGGUUGGGUGAUAAAUUGGGUAGAAAGAAAGUAUAUGGAAUCACACUGAUGUUAAUGUGUCUUUGCUCGAUUGCUUCCGGUUUAUCGUUCGGUAGCCACCCCAAGGGGGUGAUGACUACCCUUUGCUUUUUCCGGUUCUGGUUAGGAUUUGGGAUCGGCGGUGAUUACCCGCUCUCCGCCACCAUCAUGUCGGAAUAUUCCAAUAAAAAAACUCGUGGUGGGUUUAUUGCGGCGGUGUUCGCCAUGCAAGGAUUCGGAAUCUUGGGUGGCGGAGUGUUCGCGAUCAUGAUCGCGUCGAUUUUCAACAGUAGGUUCAAUGCUCCACCGUAUGAGGUGGAUCCGAUCAAGUCAACAGCCCCAGAAGCAGACUAUGUUUGGAGAAUUGUGCUAAUGGUCGGUGCUCUUCCUGCGCUGUUGACUUAUUAUUGGCGAAUGAAGAUGCCGGAAACCGCCCGGUUCACUGCCCUGGUGGCGAAAAACGCCGAGAAAGCCGCUUCCGACAUGUCCAAAAUCCUCCAAGUCGAAUUAGAAUCCGAACAACGAAAAAUCGAUGAAUCCACAACGAGAUCAGGAAAUUCCUUCGGACUUUUCAGCAAGGAAUUCUGUAAGCGCCAUGGCCUCCAUUUGCUCGGAACGACGAGCACCUGGUUCUUACUCGACAUCGCCUUUUACAGUCAAAACCUCUUCCAAAAAGACAUCUUCUCCGCCAUCGGAUGGAUUCCGCCGGCGAAAACCAUGAACGCGAUCCAAGAAGUCGCCCGAAUCGCUAGAGCACAAACCUUAAUCGCGCUUUGCAGCACCGUCCCCGGCUACUGGUUCACCGUCUUUCUGAUUGACAAAAUGGGCCGAUUCACAAUCCAAUUAAUCGGAUUCACGAUGAUGACGAUCUUCAUGUUCGUUUUAGCAAUCCCAUAUAACUACUGGAUUCAUAAAGAAAACAACAUCAAAUUCGUGAUUAUCUAUUCAUUAACAUUCUUCUUCGCCAACUUCGGCCCCAACGCCACCACCUUCGUCGUCCCAGCUGAGAUUUUCCCGGCGAGGUUGAGGGCGACUUGCCACGGGAUCUCGGCGGCGUCGGGAAAGCUUGGAGCGAUAGUGGGGGCAUUUGGGUUUUUGUAUUUGGCGCAAAGUAAAGAUCCGGCAAAGGCUGACGCCGGAUAUCCGCCGGGGAUCGGAGUGAAGAACUCGUUGAUUGUGUUGGGAGUGAUUAAUUUAUUGGGGACGUUGUGUACUUUUCUGGUGCCGGAAUCGAAGGGGAAAUCGCUGGAAGAGAUGUCCGGCGAGAAUGAAGGAGAUGGGAAGUCGCAAGCGUGA